UCGAACCGAACGGACGUGAAAUAGGAAAAGUGAUCAAGUGAAUACCGGUCCCAGUGAAAAAGUGAGGAAUAUUCAAAUGAGAAGCAGAUUCAGAUAAGAGAAGUGGAAUAUUGUACUCUGUGACUUGGUGAUAAUUAGUGCCCGCGGGGUCUGGAGCGAGGAGAUCCACCCCUUCACGCGAUAACAUGAUGGGUGGUAGCGGAAUUCAACUUUCCGCGAUCGUCCUGUUGCUAUCGGUUACGAUAGUAACGGUGCGAUCAGAACUUACGCCACCUUACUUUAAUCUUGCUGAGGGACGUAAGAUUACCGCAUCGGCCACUUGUGGCGUGGACACCGACGGUGCGGAGCUGUACUGCAAGUUGGUUGGUGCAAACACAGAAAAUGAUCAUCAAAAUCAAUACUCCGUCAUCCAAGGACAGGUUUGCGAUGUAUGUGAUCCGAACAUUGCUGACAAGAGCCAUCCGGCCGAGUACGCCAUCGAUGGAACGGAGAACUGGUGGCAGAGUCCCCCACUUUCCAGGGGCAUGAAAUACAACGAGGUCAAUCUGACAAUUGAUUUUGGACAGGAAUUUCACGUGGCCUAUCUGUUCAUCCGGAUGGGAAAUUCUCCUCGGCCUGGUCUAUGGACGCUGGAGAAAUCAAUCGAUUAUGGCAAAACUUGGUUGCCAUGGCAGCACUUUUCCGACUCCCCGGCGGAUUGCGAGACCUAUUUCGGUGCUAAAAGUUUACGGCCCAUCAUCAACGAUGAUGAUGUGAUUUGUACUACCGAGUACUCGAAAAUCGUACCACUCGAAAGUGGUGAGAUCCCGGUUAUGUUGCUGAACAAUCGUCCAUCGGCUAACAAUUAUUUCAAUUCGACCACACUGCAAGAGUGGACUCGUGCAACGAAUGUUAGAAUUAGACUACUGCGUACGAAAAAUUUGCUAGGUCAUUUGAUGUCUGUGGCCCGGCAGGAUCCUACGGUCACGAGAAGAUACUUCUACUCGAUCAAGGAUAUUUCCAUAGGAGGACGCUGUAUGUGUAACGGUCACGCCAACACAUGUAACGUAUUGGAUCCUCGUUCACCAACGAGAAUCCUGGCCUGUCAGUGUCAACACAAUACAUGCGGUAUUCAUUGCGCAGACUGUUGCCCUGGAUUUGAGCAGAAGAAAUGGCGGCAGAAUACGAAUGCUAGACCCUUCCAGUGCGAACCUUGCAAUUGUCAUGGACAUUCCAGUGAGUGUACCUACUCGGAAGAAAUCGACGAAAAGCAUCUUUCGCUUGACAUUCAUGGUAAUUACGAGGGUGGUGGAGUGUGUCAAAACUGUCAGGAUAAUACGGAGGGUAUAAACUGUAAUAAAUGUAAGAACACAUUCUAUCGGCCAUAUGGAAAACAUUGGAAUGAGACAGACGUGUGCCAACCUUGCAACUGUGAUCAUUUCUACUCGACUGGAAAUUGCGAGGAAGAAACGGGCCGCUGCGAGUGCCGGGUCGAAUUUAAUCCACCGAAUUGUGAUUCGUGCUCAUAUGGUCAUUUCGGUUAUCCAAACUGUCGACCGUGUGAGUGUAACUUGAACGGAACGAUCGGUUACCAUUGCGAAGCAGUAAAUGGUGAAUGUCCUUGCAAACCGAAUUUUGGAGGCGCUCAUUGUAGACAGUGCGCGGAAGGAUACUACGAUUUUCCGGAGUGUGAACCUUGUGGUUGUAAUGAAGUCGGUUCUGUGAGUCACAUUUGUAAUUAUGAAUCUGGACAGUGUCAGUGUAAACCCAACUUCGCAGGACAGCUUUGUGAAAAAUGCAAAGAUGGAUUCUUCAACUACCCAUCUUGCUCGUACUGUAACUGCGAUGUCCGCGGCACGUUGGAUGAAGUGUGUGACAAAGGAAACGGAAAAUGUUUAUGCCGUGAAGGUUAUGGAGGUCCUCGUUGUGAUCAGUGUAUUGCUGGUUACUACAAUUAUCCAGAGUGUAUUCCGUGUAACUGUUCUGGAGCAGGAAGUGUGUCUACCGUGUGUGACAUCACUGGAAAGUGUGCAUGUUUACCAAAUUUUUCCGGCCGGCAGUGUACCAUGUGCCAACCUGGAUAUUAUCAAUACCCAGAGUGUUUAGCAUGUAAUUGCAAUGCUCACGGAUCGAUAGGACUCUCCUGUAACAACGAGGGUCAGUGUCAGUGUACUUACAACUUCGAUGGAAAAACUUGCGAUCAAUGCAAGGAAGGAUUUUACAACUUCCCUUCCUGUGAGGAAUGUAAUUGUGAUCCUGCUGGGGUGAUUGCUAAAUUUGCUGGGUGUGGAUCCGUACCGGCGGGAGAACUGUGUCAGUGUAAAGAGCGGGUACAGGGAAGAAUUUGUGACAAGUGUCGACCUCUUUACUGGAACCUGAAUGCUAGUAACCCGCAUGGCUGCGAAGACUGCGAAUGUUUCAUUGACGGAACCAUUGGUGCUUUGGAUACGUGCGACACGAAAAGUGGUCAGUGUGCUUGCAAACCCUCUGUUACCGGUCGUCAGUGUUCCGAGUGUAAAGAUGGCACAUUCGAUCUAUUUGGAGCUAGUUUGUUUGGUUGUAAAGAUUGUGGUUGUGAUAUUGGUGGAGCAGCAGAUGAUGUGUGUAAUAAGGAAACUGGUCAGUGCAAAUGUCACCCUAGGAUUGCUGGCAGAACUUGCACAUAUCCCCUAACCACACAUUACUUCCCGACUUUAUACCAGUUCCAGUUCGAGUAUGAAGAUGGUUACACUCCAUCGGGGGCACAAGUUCGAUACCAGUUUCAUGAUGACGUUUUCCCAGAUUUUAGUAAACGUGGCUAUGCAGUUUUUUCGAAUCUCCAGAACGAGGUCAUCAACGAAGUUAGCGUUUUGAAAUCUUCUGUCUAUCGUCUCGUUAUACGCUACAAAAACCCAACCCAUGAAAAUAUCAUAGCACAAAUUCUAAUUACACCUGAUAAUCCAACCGAAUUGGAGCAGAAAGCUAAGGUACUAUUCAAACCAAAUGGCCAUCCCGAGUUUGUUACAGUGUCUGGAGCUAAAGGCGAAAUUCCAUCACCUGUCGUUCUUGAUCCCGGUCGGUACACUAUCAGCAUCAAAACCGAUAAGAACGUUCUUCUGGACUAUUUUGUGUUGCUCCCAGCAGCAUAUUAUGAAGCGCCCCUUUUGACAAAUAAAAUUGAAAAUCCCUGUGAGAUUACCGAUCUUGGAUUGUGUCGUCACUUCAAGUAUCCAAACAUCGUAGAAUUCAAACCACAACUUGAAGCCUAUGUGGCUGAAGAUGACGAAUCGUUCAAACCAGGCGAGUUCUUUAAGGAUUACGAGCACUUGGAUGUGAUUCAUGAGGAGAGUCUUCCGCUGCUGACCGUAGAUCAGAAUGAACUGAAUUACGUACUGGAUGUUCCUCGGCCGGGUAGAUACGUUCUGGUGGUAGAUUAUGUCACAAACCGUCACAGUCAAGAUAUCUCCGUUCUUCAAAUCAAUCAAAUCGGAAACAUCGAACAAGACGGUACCGUGACGGCAUAUCCUUGUAUUUAUACUACUGUCUGUCGUCAGCCGGUCAUUGAUAAGGAGUCACGCGAAAAGGUAUUUUAUAUCGACCCGAACGACCGAAAACCGAUUACAGUCUCCAGUCAAGAACCAUCGGGAUCGGUGGCAAUCAAAUCAAUCACUGCUAUCCCUUACGAUGAAUGGUCGAUCGACUAUAUCAGUCCAAGUCCGGUAUGUGUGAUGGAGAAUGGUAAGUGUGUUUUAACGACAUACCGAACCGCUCCCGAUUCGAAGAAGGUUGAUUUCGAGACCGAUAACGAGGAACGCAUUGCCGAAACCAAUCCAAGUGAUUUGUUUGACAACUCUACUAAACUGAUUUAUUUGGACAAGGAUGAGCCGGCACUGAACAUAAAGACCAAGGUUCCGCAUCCCGAUCGAUAUGUAAUCAUUGUAAAGUUCUAUCAACCAAAUCAUCCCACAUUCAAUAUCCAGUAUCACAUAGAAGCAGAUCGGCAAAACUACGAUGGCAAACUGCCACUUAGACAUUGUCCAGCCAAUUCCGGUUGUCGUGAAAUUUUGAAACAGGACAACGGCUAUAUUUGGUUCGAUUUGGAGGAUACGUUCGACUUCACUCUGUUGAACGGUGCCACGAAGGGAGUUUGGCUAGACUAUAUUCUUUUGGUUCCCGCUGAUCAAUUCUACGAAGAUUUACUCCAUGAGGAAACUUUUGAUCAGACAAAAGAGUUUAUUCAAAAAUGUGGUCAGGAUCACUUCCACAUUCAGCUGAACGCUAGUGAAUUUUGUAAACAGGCCGUAUUUUCGUUGACGGCAGAUUAUAACAGUGGGGCCUUACCGUGUAAUUGCGACUAUUACGGUUCGACUAGUUUUGAGUGUGAACAGUUUGGUGGCCAGUGUCAGUGUAAACCGUAUAUCAUAGGAAGGCAGUGCGAGGCAUGCAAGACGGGUUACUUUGGAUUCCCGGAUUGUAAGCCAUGUGAUUGUCCGUCGACGGCGCUGUGCCAGAAAGAUACCGGUGAGUGUAUCUGUCCGGAUAGGGUAACAGGCGAAAAAUGUGACCAGUGCAUGCCAUAUACCUAUGGAUACGAUCAGAUUAUUGGUUGCUAUGAGUGUAACUGUAACCCGUUGGGCGUGGCUAAUAACAAUCUUCAGUGCGAUUUGGAGAGUGGAGUCUGUGACUGUAAGUCUAAUGUAGUCGGCAGAACGUGCGACCGAUGUCAGUAUGGAUUCUUCAACUUCCCGUAUUGUGAACCCUGCAAGUGCGAUAUUCGUGGAACGACGUUCGAGAUCUGUGAUCAAACCGAUGAGACUUGUUACUGCAAGAAAAACGUACAUGGUCGCGAAUGCAGCCAAUGCGUUGAUGGAACUUAUAACUUACAAGCUUCGAACCCUGAAGGAUGUACUAAAUGUUUCUGUUUCGGACAUACGUCAGUUUGUGAAACUGCCUUCCUUAGACCUUUCAACGUCAGUAUGAUGAAGGAUGUUACACUCAAUACAAUUAAGCUGUCAGGUGGAAAUCCAAUUAUUUCUCCUUGGGUUGUGGAUGGCGAUAUCAUGGUGAAUGAAACGUCGGCUGAAGUAGCAUUAAGUGACGUUGACAAUGAGGAACUUCUAUCCGGAUUGGCAUAUUUCGGAAUGCUAGACUAUCUGCUAGAUUUGAAUAGUCACAUCACUGCUUAUGGAGGCUACCUAACCUACAAGAUCUAUUAUACGAAUGGUUUAUUCGGAAGUUCAUUGAUUGGACCUGAUGUAAUUCUGGAGGGAAAGAAUAUGGUUAUAACACAUCAGAGUAUUGAGCAGCCGGCAUCGAACACUGUAUUUAAUGGACGAGUUCAGAUGGUAGAAACAAGUUUCCAAACUGCUUCCGGUGGUUCCGUAUCGCGUGAACAAUUUAUGAUGAUUUUGCGUGACCUUAAGGCAAUCUAUGUCAGGGCUUCUUAUUGGGAAAACGGUUUGACAACAAUCAUCUCGGAUGUUAGCCUUGCCAUGGCACAUGAUGAUGCGGGACACUAUGAUAUGUACGAGGAGUUGGCAGUCGAAAGAUGUUCUUGUCCACCGGGAUAUACAGGAUUAUCGUGUGAGGACUGUGCUCCUGGAUAUUAUCGAGAUCCAAAUGGCCCAUACGGAGGCUAUUGCAUACCUUGUCAGUGCAAUGGACAUGCAGAUACUUGUGAUUGUAAUACUGGAGUAUGUAAUGAAUGCCAGCACUAUACCACCGGUAACCAUUGCGAUCAGUGUAUUGAAGGAUACUAUGGUAAUGCAACUCGAGGUUCUCCUAACGAUUGCAUGAUUUGCGCUUGUCCACUACCGAUCGAUUCGAAUAACUUUGCAACCGCUUGUGAUGUGUCGGAAGACGGAUAUGAGAUUCACUGUGAAUGUAAACCAGGAUAUACUGGAGAAAAAUGUCAAAGUUGUGCUCCAGGAUUUUUCGGCCAACCUGAAAUUGAGAACGAAAUCUGCAAACCUUGUGAUUGUUCUGGAAACAUCAACCCGGAAGAACCAGGUUCCUGCGACUCUGUCUCGGGUGAAUGUUUGCUUUGUUUGAACAAUACCUAUGGUCGAGCGUGUAACUUAUGUGCUCCUGGAUUUUAUGGGGAUGCCGUUCAACUUAAAGAUUGCCAGAGCUGUAUUUGUGAUACUGUUGGCACUGAACAUUGCGACAAUUUCAUCGGAACGUGCAACUGCUAUCCGAAUGUGAUUGGAGAAAAGUGCGAUCGUUGCGAGGAAGAUCAUUAUGGUUUCGAAUCUGGUCGAGGUUGUAAUCUGUGUGAUUGCGGGAUUGCUUCAAACAGUACUCAAUGUGAUGAUCAUACCGGAAAAUGUGCCUGUAAACCAGGUGUGACUGGACGACAAUGUGAUCGCUGCGAACCAGGAUAUUGGAACUAUUCGGAAGACGGUUGUGUUCCCUGCUCAUGCAAUACUGAUUAUUCCAGAGGGCUUGGCUGUAAUGCUCAAACCGGGCAGUGUGAGUGUCUUUCUGGAGUAGUGGGAGAAAAGUGCGAUUCGUGCCCAUAUAGGUGGGUAUUGAUUCCAGACACUGGUUGUCAGGAAUGCGAUGGUUGUCAUCAUGCAUUAUUGGAUGUGACGGAUGAGCUCAAGAAUUCGAUCGAUCCCGUACUGGAUGACAUCAAAACGGUGGCCGAUGACUACUACACGUCUCAGAAAUUGAAGUACUACGAUGACUUGGUGGAUGAAAUUGAACCAGCUGUUCGGAAAUUAGACCCUCAUGGUGUUAAUCUUAAUCCCUCCAGGCAACAAAUCGAAUCGUUGGAAACAGAUGUUAAAAAUCUUGAUCGACGCAUUCAGUACGCCGAUCAAAAUACAAACGAUUUGUCCACUAAAAGCGAACAACUUUUGAAGGGUUCAUCUGAUAUAAUAGACUCAUGUAGAUUUGCCAAUAUUAACACAAGGAACACGAUCGCUGAAGUUGAAAAACUUGCUGAAAAUUUAGGAAAAUCAGAGAGCAACAAACUCGAUCAAGCACACGCUGAAGCUGUCAACUAUCUGGAUUUAAUCAAACAAUACUCUGCCACCCCUGGAAGUUUAAAUGUGCAACUCGAGAAUGCUACUGAAUUGUUGGCUAAAGUAGAUGAAUUUGCCCGGCCGGUACAAGAUCAACAGGACAGACUAAACAAACUGUUGUACAACAUUGGAGAGUUUGAUGUAAAACUAGAGGAUUUGUAUAACUGGAGUUUGAAAAUCGAAGAAGAGAGUAGAAUUACUGCUAGACUUAACAACAAAAACAAAGGAGCUCUUGAUUCUAAAUUCGAAACGGUUUCGGCUCAAUCGAAGGAAGCUCUUGAUAACAUUGAAAAUGCAAAGAAAUUAAUCGAGGACUCAUCUAAGCUUAGCUUGGACAUAUUUACAACUCAUACAGAAUUGGAUAAUGCAAACUCCGAAUUGAAACAGCUAAACGCCAAGGUUGACAAGGAUUUGCCGGAGCAUGAGAAACAGUACCAGGAUCUAGCGAACACCAUUCAGAAUGCAGUCGAAUACGCAGCGAAUCUGAAAGAAGAUUCACAGCGCCUUGCAGCGGACUAUACAAAUGUUACAGCUAAUUCGGAAAAUGCGUUGAAAGCUGCUACCGCUUACUCCAAAAUUGCAGCGGCCGUACAUGAAGCCAAUGAAAACGCUAAGUUAAUACAACUGUUGGCGAAGAAUGCAACUGAUAUGACAGCGGGAAUUGAACAGCGAGCCGGAGAGUCGGAUGGAGAUUCUAGAGAGCUGUUGAGUGAUGCUGUUCAAUCAUUACAGGCACUGCAAACAAACCUUGAACCUCAUAUUAACAAAUCAGUGUCAACCGUUGAUUAUAUUAAAAAGAGUAAUCAAGAUAGUGACGAUGUACUAUAUUCUAUUAAUCAAUCAUUGGACGGAAUUCCGGAAGAAUCCCAUACGAACAGCUGGGAAAAUGCAAGAGAUCAAGCUAUUGAUGCACAGAAAGACUCCCAAGAUGCUCAGAAGAUUUUGGAUCCCAUAAUUACAGAACUUCCAAAGAGUCUUUAUCUAGCUGAACAAUUACCGAAGGAGAUCGAUCGAACCAACAAAAGUAUUCAGCUGGCGGCUAGUCAAAUCGAACAGUACAAAAGCAUGAUUCCAAAGGUUGAAAUGCUAGUUGAUGAGGUGGAAGGCAAGCAGAACAAAAUAGAUUCGAUUGUGAGUGACAUUGGUGACCGCUUGGAGUCGUUGAAGAAACAAAUAGCCAGUGCCCGAGCAUUGGCCAACAGCAUCAAGUUUGGCAUGACGUUCCAUCCGAAUACAACCCUUGAACUCAAGCCUCCGGAGGUGCUUUCACAGUUGGCCUCGAAUUCUACCGUUUCAGCGUAUUUCAAAACUAACAAACCGGAAGGAUUCCUAUUUUAUCUGGGCAAUGAGGUGAAACCAGAUGCAAAGAAAACUUCGCGCGACGAUUAUAUGGCGUUGGAAAUCGAAAAUGGUUAUCCGGUCCUAUCGAUAGAUUUGGGCAACGAUCCGGAGAAGGUUAUUAAUCCGAAAUACGUGGCUGAUGAUAAGUGGUAUCAGGCGAUAAUCGAUAGAAGUGGAAACAAUGUUAAGCUGACCAUACGAGAAGAGCUGGAGAAUGGAACUGAAAUGAUUCAUCCUAAGGAACAAGUGCUUCCGGGAGCUUAUAAUGUGUUUAAUGUGGAUCAAAAUAGCAAAGUCUUUGUGGGAGGCUAUCCACCGGAAUAUAAUAUACCAAUUGAUGUGAAAUCGGGUGAAUUUGAAGGACAAAUACAGGAUUUGCAGAUUGGAGGGGAGCACGUUGGCUUGUGGAACUUUGUUGAUGCUCAAAACGUUCAUGGAGGCAUCGAACGAGACAAGUUAUUGGACGAAGGCAAACCGACGACUGGAUUCCGAUUCGGCGGCAAUGGAUAUGUAAUGGUAGAUGCCAAAUCGUACUCGUUUAAACAUCGUUCGCAUAUACAGUUCCGCUUCAAGGCACCUCAGGACACACAGGAUGGAUUAUUGUUUUACGCGGGUCGAAACCGGCACUUUAUUUCAGUUGAGAUGAAACAAGGAGCCAUUGUAUUCCAGUUCAAACUGGGCCAGCAUGCCGAGGCAGUCACCAUUGGUUCGAGUGGAAUGUUUAACGAUGACAACUGGCAUACUGUAUCCGCAGAGCGUGAGGGAGCCGUGGGUAAACUGACUGUUGAUGGCAAUGUUGUCUAUCAGGAAACUGCGAAUAUUCACAUUUUUGGCAACGUCGAACCGUUGAAGAUAUCGGAAUCUAUGUUCUUUGGAGGUUAUCCGGGUAAAAUCAAUCACUCGGAAGUGACAACCAAAGGAUUCGAUGGAUGUAUUGAUGAUGUGUAUAUCCUGGGAACAAAGGUUGAUCUAAGCAUCAACCAGAAAUCUUUGGAUGUACGUCCAGGAUGUCCAAUGAAGUUCUCAUCACUGUUGUCAUUCCCGCCACAUCAGUUCGGAUACGUUAGUCAGCCGGGAGUUGUGUCAUCUAAUGGCCUCCAGGUGAAUAUCAAGUUUAGAACAGUUCAAAAUUAUGGAAUAUUGUUCUAUACGGCAAAUAACGAUCAAAGUGGAACAUUUGGAUUGACGAUUGAGAACGGGGUGCUGGUUCUACGAAGUUCCAAGGUAGAACUCAAUACGGGAGAUCUUCGUUACAGUGACGGUGAAUGGCAUGCUAUUACUGCUACUCAUGAAAAUGAUCGUCUAACUCUAGUUGUGGAUGAUAAUGAUUCAUUUGUAUCGGACGAAGUACCGCCACCUUUAUAUAUUGGUGAUGCUGAAAUUUAUUUCGGAGGAUUACCAAAGAACUUUAUCACACCAAAAGGAUCGAUCGUCACUCCUGCCUAUUUCUGGGGAUGUAUACGUGAUGUGACUGUUAACGGGCAAAUUGUCAAUUUUGCAAAUUUGAAAGAUAAAAAAUCAGCGAUCUUAGAUCAUUGUUCGAAAGACAUAUUCGCGAUUAGUCCUCACGAAGUACCUUUGUACUACCCGGACGGUGGUAAUGAGCCAGUGCUCUUUAGCGGAUCGCGAUUCGGAACAGAUGAUGCCAAACCCGAUGGCGAUAAGUACAAUGAGAUCGAUGCUGAGGAAGAAGAACCUCCAAAACAUUUACCGGGCAGCAAAGAUGUUGAGAAGGUUACCGAUGCUAGUUCAACAAUCACAUCUACAGAGCCCACGACAACUACUACCACAACUACAACAACCAAACGUCCUCGGCCGCCACCAGAGAAACCAGAACCGACUUGCAAGCUACCAGUUGUGCCAGAUCAAGAUGUUGAUUUUGAUGCUGGUUAUCGUUUCGGAACUGGACCUUUUAGCCAUAUUGAAUUUAACGAAAUUCCACAGAAAACCAAGAAACAAUACGAGUUUUCACUUAGUUUCAAGACGGAAUCCAGCGAAGGAGUUCUAUUCUAUGCUGCUGACUCCCGUCAUACCGACUUCAUUGCGUUAUACCUGCGAGAGGGAAAAGUUUUCCAUUCGUUUAAUUGCGGAUCUGGUUCGGCAAACAUUAGUUCAGAGAGACGUUACGAUGACAAUGAAUGGCACACGGUGCAGUUCUCCCGGUAUCACAACAAGGGAAAGCUUGUCGUCGACAGUGAAGAUGAAGUACAUGGCGAAUCAGCCGGAAACACUAGAACCAUGCAAGUUCAAGCUCCUUUCUUCGUUGGUGGUGUUUCUGGAGGAGAACAUUACGAGGAUGUAGCUCUGAAUCUCAAGAUAGACAAAAAUAUAUUGGAGCGCGAUCAGUUUGUUGGUUGCAUAAAUGACAUCCAAGCAUUUAACCGACCGUUAGGAGCACCAUCCAAUAUCACUCAAACUAUUCCUUGCUCAUCCCAAAUCGAAAGUGGUAUGUUCUUCGGCAAGGGAGGCGGUUUUGUUAAGCUUCGUGAGAAGUUUAAGGUUGGCACAGAGCUGACCGUUAGCAUGGAUAUUAAGCCACGAUCAUCAACGGGUUUACUGAUGUCGGUACACGGGAAACGUGCCUUCUUCGUGUUGGAACUUAUAAACGGUAACAUAAGUUUGACCGUGAACAACGGCGAUGAACCAUUUACUGCGAUGUACGUACCAGAUUCUAGCGAAAAUCUGUGUGACGGUCAAUGGCGUACAAUAACGGCAAUCAAAUCGUUCUACGUCAUUACCAUUAAGGUCAACGAUGUCAGUUCGAAUCCGGCUAUCGGAGAUGCUCGCUCUGGCUCGACGGAUACGACGCGACCGCUGUUCCUUGGAGGACAUCCUCAUCUGCAGAGGAUUCGAGGCUUAACAGCUCGCGAGCCUUUCCAAGGUUGCAUUCGUAAUGUAGUAAUACGCAAUCAACAAGAACACAUAACACCAAAGAUGACCAUCGGGAAUGUUCAGACCGGUGUUUGUCCUAUUAUUUAAUUAUGUUUCUCAGCGAAUUAAAAGAGAACGAUUUCGUAUUGGGUUACCGGACUUUUGGCGAUCGAUUAAAGGCACUAAUGAACUUUGGAAAACUAGAUCGGAUUGAAUUUGUAAUCUUUUAGCUGUCUUUCUUACCUAAUGAGUGCAUCGUUGGUUUCAGAACAAUGUUUUUUUCAUUUUUCUAUUCAUUAAACAGAACGUUUUGUGUUUUAUAUAACUAGAUGCUUACAAAUCAUUCGUUUGUUACUAUAAAAGAAAAACUUAAGCGAUAUUCGUUCGAUGUCAAACAAAAAAAAACGAAUUAAAAGCUUGAACGAAUUAGUCUUGUAACCAUCACUGUUGAUAGUUUUCAUCAAAUCUGAUCAAUGUAAUCAACGUAAGGAAUUCUUUGAAUCAAUACUCUUAUAUUACUAACCAUCUUUGAAUGAAAAUUUGUAAGCUAUUUGAGCUUAGCUAAACUCUCUCCUUCUACUGAUAAAAGCUAUUCAUAUACCAAUCGAAACAUUUGUUUAUCGAAGCCUCUGCAUUUAUUUUCUUCUUGUUUCAAUUAUCCUAUGUCUAACCUAUGGGGAACUGGCAUUAUUCCGGGAAAGCAAAAAGUAAUAAAAGUAAAGAAGAUAUGUUUUUUUUCUAGUUUCAGAUGAAAGCACAUUCUUGCAUAAAAAUUGGGUUGAAGUUCCAAAGUAAAUAAAUUGACGUAAAAGGUAAAUUUGCAAAAAAGUAGACUUUAAAACCAACAGAUAAAACGGAAAGCCAUGUUCCCUAAUAUAUUUUAUGAUUUUCAAACAUUUAAAUACAUAUAGUAACUAUCAUGAGUUUA